UCUCGGGCCGCGGCGCAAUGGGGGCCACUUUUCUGACCUCAGCGGCACUCCGCACCCUGAACAAGCUGCCCUGGAGGGUGAUCGUCCUGCAUUUCCAAAUUCCAGCUGGAACAUCCGCAAUGCUGAAGACAGCAAGUACGACCUUAAACUUACAAGCUGGAGAUAAACGUUUGCUGAAAGGGUCAACGAAGCAAGCCAGCUGCUCGCAGGUCAUCAACAAGCUUCUAUCGUGGAGCUGCGUCUUGAUCCGAUUGACAGGGACCCCGCUAGUGUGCUACUCUCUACGCCGACGCGACAGCUUUUGCAAUAUUGCAAAGAGCCGCCUGCAACACCAUUUUGGCUGACGUGUUUAAAGAUGGACAAGAUCAAGCAGGUCAUUGGAAAGAAGCCUCAUGGGUCCGACCCAACUGUUGCUGAGGGAACCCCCCAGGACAACCCAUACACUGACGUGAACAACGACGGCAGCGGCGGCGGCGGCCUCAUCUCCAAGAUGAAGCACGCUGUGAAGGGGCACCAACAUGGCACACCGGAGUCUCAGGUCAAUAACGAGAUGGCCACCGGGGGUGCGGCCACAGCAAACACCGGCGGGUUUGGGCUGCAGGACAAGGGGGUUAAGGAGGGGUCGAUGGGGGAGGGAAUGGGUUACAUGGGGGGAAUGGGUCAAGGGGGAACUCCUGGGGCAAUGGGGGAGGGUAUGGGGCAGCCGCAUAGCGGUAUGGCGACUGGGCUGGAGCAGGGGUCAAUGGGUGCGGGGGCGGGAAGACAGGGGGGGAUGGGGACCGACUCGUACUGAUUAUGUGGCUGAUGACCAGUCUAGUGCCAGCGUCAAAUUUUGGGCACUUUUGCAAGUAGCACAGAGCAUGGACGUUUACCAGAUGCCAGUGUCAAAGUCUGAUGGGCGUUUUUUUGAGUUAGCACAGAUGGUGGACGUUGACAUUUGCCUCAAAAUUUUUUAAAGUAUCAAGUUCAGUAGCAGCUAAAGACGCCAGCGUGUGCCUGCAGCUGACUCAAUCUCGGGGUGAGCCGAAGUGGCUACUAGACCUUGUUAGAUUGGGAGGACAGAUGUUCAUUGCUGCCAUCAGAUGUCGGCUAAGUCUGUUUAUAAUAAUAUGAGCAGUAAACGCAGUUUCUCCAUUCCGCAUCAGCCUACUGUGGUUACUUGUGAUAUGUAUCACAGCAG